GAGAAAGAAGGAAACUGACAUCGCCACUCUCAAUGAAACUGAUGUCUCAAAUGCUCAGGAAAUGGUCUCCGCCCUAAAGCAUAUGAAAGACGCCACCACUCUGAUGUCUCAGGAGAAAAACCCCAUGGUUUGUUUGAUCGCUCCUGUGCACACAAAGCUCCUCCAGAACACAGAGUCCAACACAGAAGAUUCACCACUGGUCCGGGAUAUUAAAAAGGCCAUCCAUGAUGACCUCAGCAGUAGAUACACCAGUGAGGCGGAGAAAAGCCUUCUCUAUACCGCUUCUGCCCUUGACCCCCGUUUCAAGGCCUUACCUUUCCUUUCUGAGGAGGAGAGAGAGCAGACAUAUGGCAAAGUGAUUUCUGAGGCUGCAUCACUAGAGCAAGAGGUGAGAGUGGAGGAAGAGACCCCAGAGGACAAUGCCAGGACAGCAGCAGAGGUGACCAGUGACACUGAGGAGGACCAGGAGAAGGAGCUGCCGCCACCGCCACCAGCCAAAAGAAGCUGUACUCUGCAUGAGAACCUGUUAGGACUGGCGUUCACAAAUCAGGCUCCGGAGCCCAAAUCAGCAUACGCCAGAGCCAAGGACGAGAUGGCUAAGUACCGCCUUGCUUUAACACCUUCUCUACAAGAGGACCCUCUCCACUGGUGGAGUGUGCAUCAUGUGCUGUACCCCAUGAUUGCUAAUGUGGCCAAACGGUACCUGUGCAUUCCAGGCAGCAGUGUAUCUGCAGAGUGGGUAUUCUCCACCGCAGGAGAUAUAGUAACAGCCCAGCGUAGCACACUCAAGUCGGAGCACAUUGACCAGCUGGUAUUUUUGUACAAGAAUGUGUGUGUCCCAGAUUCUGGCACUGACGAUGAAGAGUCUGAUGAAGAUGAGUAGCACAAUGUGGAC